AUGGCUGACCCGAUCGCUGAAGACUUUGAUCCGCCACAGAAACCCAAGAGAAACAAAUUUGCCAUUGCCUGCUCCCUUUUGGCUUGCACGCCAUCAAUUUUACUGGGCUACGAUAUUGGUGUGAUGAGUGGGGCGAACCUCUCCAUCCAAGAUGACCUCAAAAUCAACGACGUCCAGAUUCAAAUACUUACCGGCACAUUGAACAUCUACUCUGUCAUCGGCUCCGCCUUGGCCGGCAGAACCUCCGAUUGGAUCGGGCGCCGGUACACCGCCGUCCUCUCCGGAGCCAUCUUCUUCGUCGGAGCUAUCCUCAUGGGCGUCGCCCCGGACUACGCCUUCCUUAUGUUCGGCCGGUUCGUUGCAGGAAUCGGUGUUGGCUACGGUCUCAUGGUCUCUCCGGUCUACACCGCCGAGAUCGCUCCGACUUUGUCCCGUGGCUUCCUCACAUCUUUCCCUGAGGUGUUCGUCAAUAUUGGCAUAUUAUUGGGGUACGUCUCCAACUACGCCUUCUCCAAGCUCCCAGCUCAGCUCUAUUGGAGGUUCAUGCUCGGCAUCGGCGCCCUUCCAGCCAUUAUUCUCGCCAUCGGCGUCUUAGCCGUGCCAGAGUCACCUCGUUGGCUCGUCAUGCAGGGCCGACUUGGGGACGCCAAGCGCGUCCUCAACAAAACCUCAGCCUCCAAGGAAGAGGCUCAGUUGAGGCUAGACGACAUCAAAGAAGCCGCAGGCAUCGCCAAAGACCUAGACGACGACGUUGUUCCCGUCACGAAGAAAAGCCGUGGUGAAGGCGUAUGGAAAGACUUGAUCUUGCACCCAACGCCAGCCGUUCGCCAUAUUUUGAUCGCAGCCCUCGGCAUCCACUUCUUCGAACAAGCUUCGGGCAUAGACUCUGUCGUCCUGUACAGCCCCAGGAUCUUCGAGAAGGCGGGAAUCAAAUCUUACGACCACAAGCUCCUUGCAACCGUGGCCGUUGGAUUUGUCAAGACCAUUGCCAUCUUGGUCGCCACGUUUUUUCUUGAUCGGUUAGGGCGGCGCCGGUUGCUUUUGUCCAGCGUGGCUGGGAUGAUAUUUUCGCUCGUGUGCCUCGGGGUGGGUCUCACGAUCAUCGAUCAUCACCGCGACACGGUCCCGUGGGCCAUCGCAUUGUGCAUCACCAUGGGUGUUAUUGAACGUUGCGUUCUUCUCGAUUGGGUUGGGGCCCAUAACAUGGGUUUAUAG